CUCUUGACAACCUUUGGAGGAACAGCAGGCUUCUGCCUUGGCUUAGAUACAUUCUUCGAUGUGGGCUUUGUCUUCGUGGGUUUUAUAGAUGAACGAUGAUGUCCACUUUCACAACAGGCGAAGAGGGUGCCAAUGGCGUACCCUUGCCCAAAGCCGACUUCGGUUUCAUCUUCUUGCGCACUGCAGGUAUAGCAGCAGGCGACCCCGGAACAUUGCUAGAGAAUGCACGUAGAGGAUGUCUUACGGACCGUGCUGGCUUCUGUACCGGCGUUGGCGGAGGUGAUGGUGAAAGCGGGGUAUGCUAUGUUUUCGACCUCGAUAAAGGCGUCGGCACCAUAAGGUUUCCGUUGGUCGUGGUCGUCCGAAACAUUAACGAUACGGUGCCCACGUCUUCCAUACGAGAACACCUGUUUAUGGAACUCGCCUAAAUCCGAUUAUUUCUGUAAACGAAGAGAGCGGUAAACUGUCUGUUCCACACCAACUUACUGGAUCUGAAGCUCGAUCGCCUUGACGGUACCUGAUGAAGAACUG